ACGAUUUCGUGGAUUGAAUAGUUUGGCCUUACGUCACGACGUUACUUCCGUGACGCAGGCCUGAUUCUUACGUGAACGGAAUUGCUUUGGCGUGCCGUAGGACAGCCAUGUGAACCCAUCCACAUGAGCAGAGAGCGCUGAAACCGGGCUGCCGGGGCGGAACCAGGCGACAAACGCGGAACCAGGAGAGAUCAGUGACCGCGGCGGGAGGCUGGUGCUCUUGGGUUAAAGCCUGCAGCGUUCAUUAACAUGACGCUACAGUGUCCUAAAGCGGGUUGCUCUGUGUGAGAGGAGCCGGGUUCAGUCUGCUGUAAACACACGGACAGACACUCCCGCGUGAUCCCUCUGGUUUGAGUUACGUCACUGUUUGGGUUAACCAGUCUCUGGGUUUGUUAGAAAUGGCAACAAAGUGCCGGUUUUUGCUGCAGAGGGUCCUUACAGGACUCAGAGCCCACGCUGUGGGGUAUCGCCGUGGUCCUGAUGGAGGGCCACUGAUGUGCAGAGCAGCAGCCAGACAGCUGAGCAGCUCCAUCAGACUCCACGUGUCUCCCUCCGCCACCACAGGUCCCAGCAGCCUGUCGUUCAGGACUCACACCUGUGGAGAGCUGAGGUCACAUCAUGUAGGAGAGAAGGUCACGCUCUGUGGCUGGGUCCAGUAUCUCAGACAAGACCUGUUUGUCAUCCUGCGAGAUUCCAGCGGUUUGACACAAGUUCUAAUCCCUCAGGAAGACUCUGCCAUCCACGUAAAAGCAUUGCUGUGUGAUCUCUCGGUGGAGUCAGUCGUCAAGAUUACAGGAACAGUCAGGAAAAGACCAGCCGGGCAGGAGAAUAAGGGGAUGCCAACAGGAGACAUAGAGGUGCUGGCGGAGAACGUGGACGUUUAUAAUGUGUGCCAGAAGCUGCCUUUUGAGAUAAAGGACUUUGUUAAAAAGUCGGAGUCGCUGCGGAUGCAGUAUCGCUACCUGGACCUGAGGUCGUCUCAGAUGCAGAAGAACCUCAGACUGAGAUCGCAGCUGGUGAUGAAGAUGAGAGAGUAUCUCUGUAACAUGCACGGGUUUGUGGAUGUUGAAACACCUACUUUAUUCAAAAGAACACCUGGGGGUGCUAAAGAAUUCGUUGUCCCCUCCAGAGAGCCGGGCCUGUUCUACUCUCUGCCUCAGAGCCCGCAGCAGUUCAAACAGCUCCUGAUGGUGGCUGGGCUCGACAGGUACUUCCAGGUGGCUCGAUGCUACAGAGAUGAAGGCUCUAAACCAGACCGGCAGCCUGAAUUCACUCAGGUGGACAUAGAGAUGUCUUUUGUGGACCAGGCAGGCAUCAUAUCCCUGGUGGAGGGCUUGCUGCAGUACUCCUGGCCUGCAGAAAAGGGUUCUCUGAAGGUCCCCUUCCAGAUGGUGACGUACGAAGAAGCAAUGAGAGACUACGGCGUGGACAAACCGGACACGCGAUUUGCUAUGAAGCUGACAGACCUCAGUGAGAUUUUCUCCUCCACUCAGAUUGAUUUCCUCAGAUCCGCUCUCAGCCAACCAGAAGGCUCGGUUCAGGCCAUCCGUGUCCCCAGUGGAGCUAAACUUUUUACUGGGAAAGACUUAGAAGAACUGAAGCAGACAGCCAAGACCCAGUUUGGUCAGGAGCUGAGUCUGGUGUUGGUCAGGGAAGACGGGACAUUAAAGUCUCCUCUGAAGAAGUUGCUUCCCGUCUCUGUGGCAGAGGACCUGCUGUUGAGGACUGAAGCCAAACCUGGAGACCUGCUGCUGCUAGCAGCUGGUUCUCUCCACACUGUGCGCCCGUUGCUCGGUAGGCUUCGCCUCCAGGCAGCACAGCUCCUAGAGGCUCAUGGCUUGUCAGUCCGUGACCCUGCUUCCUUCAACUUCCUGUGGGUUGUGGACUUCCCUCUUUUCUUACCAAAGGAAGAUAACCCAGAAGAGUUGGAGUCGGCUCAUCAUCCUUUUACUGCUCCGCAGCCGGAGGACGUGGAGUUGCUCUUCACGGAGCCGCACAAGGUGCGUGGCCAGCACUAUGAUCUGGUACUGAAUGGCAGUGAGAUUGGAGGAGGUUCCAUCCGCAUCCAUAAAUCCUCCGAGCAGCUCCAUGUCUUAAAGAACAUCCUCAAGGAGGAUCCCAGUCUCCUUUCACAUUUGCUGGAGGCUCUUGACUCCGGAGCGCCACCUCAUGGAGGCAUCGCUCUGGGUUUGGAUCGGCUGGUCUCAAUUUUGGCCGGAGCUUCCAGCAUUCGGGACGUCAUCGCCUUCCCCAAGUCAUUCCGCGGUCAUGACCUGAUGAGCCACGCACCUGAUGCUGUCUCAGAGGAGGAGCUGAAGCCAUACCACAUUUCUGUCAAAUGGCCAACAGAGGGCGAGAGAGAAGGAGAGUGAGACAAAGACAAACCAAGGAGAUGUUGUCCCAUCUGUCUGUCCUGGACAGCAAAGACAAGGGUUUUGAUAGGGACACAGAGAGAGGCAUGCAGACUGAAGAUCGUAACAUGCCUUCCAUGCGAGUCUGCAGGACAAGAGAAUUUAAAAGGGAAAGAGAAACCGUGGCGUUAUCUCAAAACUGUGGGUUAAAAAAAUCAUCCCAAGAAGACUGUAAAGCUGAAACACUUCCUGGUUCACUGUAAAGAGACAUUUUAUAUCAAAUGUUAUCGGAACUCAUAUGGUCAGACUCAUUGGUUGUUCCUCACAGUUAUACUUUAUGAAAUAAAUUUUGUAGACAAAG